AUGGCGACCUCUGCUUAUGGUUCCAACUCCUCCUUUGUUGCUCCUAUGCCCAACGUUUCCAACAUGUUGACCGUCAAGUUGGAAUGUAAUACCUAUCCUUUAUGGCUUGCGAAUUGUGCCACUUCUUCACAACCGCUCUCUUAUGAAGUGAAUCCGGCUUUUGAGGACUGGAUUCAACAAGAUCAAAUGGGAUUGUCCUGGCUUAACGGGUCUCUCUCUCCAGCUGUGCUUGCUACCGUUACUCAUUCUACCUCUGUGCAUCUCACUUGGUUAUCUCUUGAAAAACAUUAUACUUCCCAAAUUCAAAAUCGACUCCUCCAGCUUCAUUGUGACUUGUUGCAAACUACUCGCGGUGAUCUCUCGAUUGCUGACUUUCUUGAUAAGGUGAACUCUUUGGUUGAUAACCUUGCUCUUUCUUGCUCCCCUUGCGAUUCUGACCUUAGAGGUACUACUAUGGUUGCUUCACAUGGACAUGGUGGUUUUCAUGGUCGUGGCUCGUUUGGACAGCGUGGUGGUCGUGGUUUUUCUGGCGGUUCCUUUUUUCAUGGUGGUCGUGGUAGUUUUUCUUCUUCCACAGAUGGUGUUCUUGGUGUGGUUUCGUCUUCUUCCAACGGUGUUUCUUCUUCUUUCUCUAGCGGUGCUUCCUCAUCUUCCAUGGCUCCUGGUCCUACUGCCUUUCCUUCUGGUUCUCGGAUUCUUUGUCAAAUUUGUGGCCGUGGUGGUCAUGCUGCCUUAGAUUGCUAUAACCGCAUGAAUCUUGCCUUUGAAGGUCGCAUUCCUACUUAG